AUGGACCAUGUAUCCCCUUGGGAGCUCCAGAAGCCAACCACCCAGGAAAAUGCCUUGAAUGAAACUACCUUCCCCCCUGGCUGUCCAUACCAGCAUGUGGACAACACAAAUAGCUGCUGCAUCCAGCCCCCAGCAUCUCAAUAUGAUGUGAUGAGCCCCUUCACUCCUUUGGAACCCAGUGUUUAUGAAGCAGCAGGACCAGCAGCCACUGGGCCAGCACAUGACUCCAAGAUAGCACCAGCCAUGGAUUUUGAGAAGGCAACUGCUGAAGCCCAGGCCUUAAACCUUUAUGAGAGCAACUGGCGAGAGCAGGAAACAAACAACCCCUGUUUCCUUCACCCUGGGAAUUACGCAGUCCCAUCUGAGGAGUUGGAUCCAAGAGAACUAGCUCAAGCUCGAUCCCAGAUCCAGAAUGUGGAGCUGACACGGCUGCUGCAACAGGAUGAGGAUGGGGAUAUGCUCCUUCAUCUGCUUGUUGCCCAAGGAUUCCGCACACUGGCCUAUGCUGCUGCUGAGAUGCUCAGAGAUUGUGGACAGCUGGAUGUCAAAGAGCACAGGGGGAAGACUCCACUGUUAGUGGCAGCAGCAGCAAAUCAGCCAGAGAUCGUGAAAGAUCUGAUCAUGCUGGGAGCAGAUGUUAAUGCUGUUGACCAGAAGGGCCAAACUGUGCUGCAUCUUGGUGCCACCUAUGCGCUGCCUCGUGUCAUUGAGGCUGUCAUGAUGACUGGCAUCCCUGUAAAUGUGGAGGCAAGAAAUUUUGAAGGUCUCACCCCACUGCACUGUGCUGUUAUUGCUCACAAUGCAGCCUUCCAGACACAAACCAUGGAAUCAGUGUCUCAGAGCCACCUGCAGAACUUGGUGUUUUGUAUUCGCUUGCUCCUGCAACUCGGGGCAGACUACAAGAGCCAGGAUUUGAAGAGCAGCAAAACCCUCUUGCAUUUGGCUGUCCAAGCUGCAAAUUUGCCUUUGAUUCAGUUCCUUCUCCAGCUCCCUGGACAAGAACUCCAGCACUUUGUAAACAUGAAGGCUCAUGGAAAUACUGCUCUGCACAUGGCUGCCGGCCUACAUGGGCACCCCUUUCAGGAGGAGAUUGUAUGCCUGUUACUACGAUACUGGGCAGACCCCAGUGCCCGGAACCUGGAGAAUGAACAACCAGUUCACCUUUUGGCUCCUGGGCCAGCAACAGAGCAGCUCCGCCUGCUUCUAAAGAGCCGUCGGGCAUGCCCUGGUCCAGCUCAUCUCCCCUCUCUUUCCUGAUGCCCUUCUGUUGGGGAAAACAUCAGGUCUGGGAUCAGAGGAACAUCCUCUCCACCACCACCAGACAGAAAGUGAAGAAAUGUGGAUGUCUUUAUCAGUGUUGGUUUGGCUUGUUAAGAUUUUUUUUUCUUUGUGCCAGCUAUAUUUAACUAAUUUAUUGGAACCAGGGCUUGGGUGCCCGACUGCUUCCUUGCUGAUGCUGAUUUGAUUCCCAACAGGCAGUUGUAGUGGAUGCUCAGUUCUGUCCCAAGACAGAGGUAAGCCACAGUCCUGCUGUUUCAAUGAAUUCUUUCUUCUCUAUCGUGAUUUUUCAGCCAUAGCCUGGUGAGAAGACUGGGGACAAAAACCUGACAAAGAAGCACUAGCCUCCAUUGCUUCAGCAAGGAAGUAGUUCAAAAUCUGUGAUUUUUUUAACCCCAGCUGCCUUCCCGAUCUGCAAUGUGCUCCUAAGUGGCAUUAUUGGUAUCAUUUCUGUGAAAUGAAUUUUAAUUUGAACCAUAUUGGUUCAUAAAAAGUUUGGAUUGUAUAGCAUGGGACCAGCCUUGCCAGAGAAACAACUGAUGCAAAAUCCAACAAUAAUCAAAUCCUGUACAUGUUUACUCAGGCAGAAAGCCCUGUUUGAGUCAAUGGAGCCUACUUCCAGGUAAGCAGAUACAGGACUGCAGUUGAAAUUCCUCUUUAGGCCAUGCCCAUCCUUAUCCACUCUUCGAUGCUCAGUACGUAUCUUAAGAAGGUUCUUCUACCACCUGAAAGAUCAUCAGAAAAGGAGGAAACUUUCACCAGGUAUAACAUCUGAUAGCUGUGAUCCUGUAAUUUUCUAUGUUACAGAUAGGGAAUAAUUCCCUUUGCUACAGAGGGGGGGGGGAACAUGUGUCCCUCUAAAUGUUGCUGUACUCCCAUUAGCAUUGCGCAGCAUAGCCAAUAUUGGGAGCUAAUGGGAACUGCAUUCCAACAUCUGGAGGGUCGCACUAUUCCUCCAUCCCUGUCUUGAGAGUAUAUCUUCCAUACAAGCUUAACUGGUUUAAUAGCUGUUUCCUCUUCCUAAUGGAACCCAGGGAACUCAGAUUCUGUGGGUGCAGCAAGGGACUUCCAACAGAAGUCUCAGUGCCCUCACUGAAUAAGAAAUCCCAGGAUUCUUUGACAGGAGAAGGGACCAUAAUGAUUAAACCUUUUAAAACUUGGUCAGUUUUGUAAUGGAAAGUUGCCCUUUAAAGGUAGAAGAGUCUUCUCAGAAGAUGAAUCUGGCAGUGUGAUAAAUUCUGCCUAAAAUAACAUGAGGCAAAUAUUAAGCAGUUUUAGUGCUGUCCUCGUAAUGCUUAGAACCAGGCUGUCAAAUAAGACGGGGAGUCUUCAGCCUUCUAAGCUGCAAGGAUCAUAAACACAACGUGUUUUUGUUGUUCAUUAGGCUUUGGCCUGCAUUGCACCUUCUCACAGCAUCUGUGCCCAGAAAUCUGUAGCCAGAUCCCUGGCUUAAUUCAGAGCCCUUUGUGGCUCUCUGGCUCGGUGCGAAGGAUUCUUUCUUGCCAUCUCCCCACAACUUCAUUGGCAUCCUUCGACUCAAGAUAGCUAUAUUCCCACAAAGUGGGAAAUUAACCCCCUUCCCUUUUUUUUCUGGGUUCCACACCAGAACUUGGAAAGUUACUUUUAAAAAGCAAUUAUUUGCUGUUUCACAUCCCUGUGAAGAAGCUACUUACUGUUCCAAUUCUUUAAAAGCAAUGCUUCAUUUUUCAUAUUAUGUAAAAGUGAAUACAUUUGUUACUUUUUUAUACCAUCCAACUCUCCUGAUUUGGCAGGGACAGUCCCAGUUAAUCUUCUGUUCCACUUUUUUCAUUGCUUUUUAAAUGUCUCAGUUUUUCUUACCUCCUUCCACUUUCUCUUGUUGGAGAUUGUCAGAUGGGGGGGAAAGCCAGGAGUAAAAGGCAUACUCCUGGCAAAGAAAUGUGAUC